CCGGCAAAUACAUCAUCACGUGCAGUAAAGUGAACGAUCUCAUUAUAUGGGAUUUGAAGGGACAGACGUUGGCGACGGUGGAGAUGCAUUUAGGAUCUACUUAUCGGGCACGUAUAUCACCUUGCGGCCGAUUCGUUGCUGCUUCGGGUAAACUGUUUCAUGUUAAACAAAUCAUACAAUUUCGCCAGCUAUGAGAAAAAUAUAUAUUUUAUCUUUUAAUACUUUCCACUCGCAAGGCUUUACACCGGAUGUGAACGUGUGGGAGGUGGUCUUCAGCAAAUCUGGAGAGUUCAAGACAGUGGCCAAGGCAUUUGACCUCGCUGGGCAUACGUCCGGAGUUCAUGAUUUCGGUUUCAGCGCCGAUACUAGCCAGAUGGCCACCGUGUCUAAGGACGGGACAUAUCGUUUCUACAACACAAAAAUCGAAUUCGAAAAGGGAGAAGAUCCGCACGUUUUGAUGACCGGCACUUGGAACACGACGUCACCAGCGAGCCUCGUCUUAUCUCCGAACGCGGAGGUCCUCGUGAUCGCCCAUGGAUCGUCAAUAUCCUUUUAUUCUACCAUUACUGGUGCUCUGGAUACCACCAUAGAAGAUAUCUUUCUUGGACCAAUAACAUGCCUGGCAUUCGACGCUAUGGGAGAAUAUCUGUUGGCUGCGGGCGAUAAACAUAUCAAAAUUUUUCGCAAUGUGACUGGAUACCGCACCACAAUAGAGUCUGCUAAACGCAAACUGGAGCAGCGGCAGACGCAGGCGACGAAAGAACGUUUGGAAAAGAUGAUUCGCGAUAACAAGGAAUUGCUCGAGAAGCUGGGAGAAAAAUGUCCAGAAUGACAAUGAAUUCGCUCUCCCUCCAUUGUCUUAUGAAGAGAUUGAUUAAAGAUAUAAAUAAAAUUAUCUCGGGGUCUAAUGCUUUCUAUAUCAUGUAAAUAUUAAUACAUGAAUUUAUCUAUUUUCUGCAAAUAAAGAUAAUUUUCGUAUGCAUGAAUAA